AUGUCUACCACCAGAAACCAAGCUUCCACCAGCAAGAAAGCUUCCACCGGCAAGAAAGCUUCCACCGGCAAGAAAGCUUCCACCAGCAAGAAAGCUACCAGCAGCAAGAAAGCUACCAGCAGCAGCCAAGAUUCUACCAGCAGCAGCGAAGAUUCCCCCAGCAACGAAGCUACCGGUAAAUCCAGUGUAUCAUGGUACGGUGAUCAGCAUCUUACCAAAAACGAGUUAAACCCUGACGGAUUGACAUCAAUUGAUAUCUUGAUGGGAUGGAUCACAAGAGAUGGAAACUUCAGUAAAUGGAGAGGCGAAAAGAACGACGGAAUGACAACCGCUGCCAACAAAACAAUACUCUGUAGUAAUAUUUUUCUAGAAUUUCAAGCUUUGGGUGUCACUUUUCGUGAUCGAAACGCAAUUCGAGCAAAGAUCGACAGAAUUAUUGUAGCCUAUCGAAAGGCUGAAACAUGGAGGAACCAAACUGGCCAAGGUAUCCUUGACAGUGCUACUGAUGAUAAUCGUGAAGAAAAGGAGAUUUCUGUUUUAGACACUUGCAUUAAGAAGUGUAAGGAGUACACUGAGAUCGAGCCAUUUUUCCGCGACUCGGCUAACUCUGUUAUUAUUCCUUUUAACGAAGAUGCGGAUUAUGACAAUGUUGAAGAAAUAAUGUUUGGCAACGAUGACAGCGAGAGCGACGCUGAGUUUCUCCCACCGCCACUCCAUCACUCCCACCACUCCAUCACUCCCAUCACUCCCACCACUCCCACCACUCCUACCUCUCCCACCACUCCUACCUCUCCCACCGCUCCCACCAAUUCUACCGCUCCUACCAAUCCUACCACUACCGCCGAUGCCACCACUCCCACUGCCCCUACCACCGCCGCCACUCCCAUCAUUGCUACCAUUUCUACUAAUAAUGAUGAUGCUCCUUCUGUUGUCUCUCUUGUCCGAUCAACAUCAAGCAAAAAGAAAAGAUCGGCAAGUCAUGCCAUUGUGGACGCUGUUCUGGAGUCAAGUGAGAGAGCAAAUGAAUUGACAAUCAAAAGAAUGAGAAUUCUUGAGCGCGAGGUCAACGCUCGAAUUGAGCAGGACCUGUUUGACAGGAAGUGGCGUCAAGAAAUGGAAGAGAAGAAGGAUGAUGAGCGUGUUCGUCAAGAGGCAAAGGAUGCUGCUGAUCGAAAGCACCAAGAAAGGCAGGUGGCCAUGGCCAAUCUUGGGUUGCUCAUAAGCAAUAAGAUGAUUACGAAGGAAGAAUACUUCGCCGAAAUAGACAAGUUAAAUAAUCAUCAUUAA